CAUACUGCACCGCUGAUCUGGAGAGUCCAGAGUUCAGCUGGGGCUGCAAGAGGAGCGCUACAGGCAGAAACAAGGUCAGCAAACUGUCUGUUGUUGGAAACCCUGAUCACCAGUCAUGUCAAACUUGAGUGGGAAGGUCCAGACCGUCCUGGGUCUCGUGGAUCCGGACCAGCUGGGCCGCACCAUGACCCACGAGCACCUGACCAUGAGCUUUGAGUGCUGCUACUUUCCCCCUCCUGCGGGUGAUGAGGAGGUGGCGGAGAACCCGUUCCAGAUGCAGCACAUGCACUGGCUGCGACAGUACCCCUACAGCUGCCACGAGAACCUGCUGCUGCAGCAGGAGACGGCCGCCGUGCGGGACGAGCUGCUGGCCUACAGGAAGGCCGGCGGGGGCACGAUAGUGGAGAACACCACCACGGGCAUCCAAAGGGACCUGCCCACUCUCAAGCAGCUGGCCAAGGACACCGGGGUCCACGUCAUCGCAGGAGCAGGGUUCUACGUGGACUGCACGCACACUGAGGCCACCAAGAGAAUGAGUGUGGAGAAGCUCACAGACAUCAUCGUCAGCGAGGUGGUUCAUGGCGCUGACGGCACAGACAUCCGCUGUGGCGUGAUCGGAGAGAUCGGCACCAGCUGGCCCAUCACAGAGAGCGAGACAAAGGUGCUCAGGGCCACAGCUCACGCCCAGGCCCAGCUCGGCUGCCCCGUCAUCAUCCAUCCCGGCAGGAAUCCUGCCGCUCCGGCUGAAGUCGUCCGGAUUCUUCAGGAGGCUGGCGGUGACAUCAGCAAAACUGUCAUGUCACACCUGGACAGGACCAUAUUUGAUGAGGGUGAACUGCUGGAGUUUGCAAAGCUGGGGAGCUACCUGGAGUAUGAUCUGUUUGGAACGGAGAUGCUGAACUACCCGUAUAACCAGGACAUUGACAUGCCCAGUGACUGCCAGAGAGUGAAGGCCUUGGCGUUCCUCGUGAAGGAGGGCUACGAGGACAAGAUGCUGGUCGCGCACGACAUCCACACCAAGAACCGUCUCACCAAGUACGGCGGCCACGGCUACUCUCACAUCCUGAGGAACAUUGUGCCGAAGAUGCUGACGAGGGGCAUUUCGCAGCACCAGGUGGAUAAGAUCCUCAUCGACAACCCGAAACACUGGCUGACCUUCAAAUAAAGCAAAGAGAGGGACCAAAGGGAGGUGUCGUGAUGCAGCCAUUAUUUUAUCCUGAGGUGGCCUAACACUCCACAAUAAAUACUGUCAUAUCUUUUCAAUAAUCGCAGUCCAAACUCUUUUCUGAAAGUGCUUUUGGGCGCUUAAACCAAAGAGCUCAGUGUUUGUGUAUCAGUUUAUCUUUAAUGUCAACGUUCUUAAUUUUUCAGUGUAGCAAAAUGUUUUGUAGCUUUGUCUUUCCAAUGGAAAAUAAUUACAGGCUGCUGUUUCAUCCAGCUGAAAGACUUUUUACAGAGGCCUCAUUAAUUAAAAGUUGAUUUUAUAUUUGUGCUUCUACAUUAUUCACUUUGUAAGCAAAUAAUAGGAAAGAGCCUCGCAGGAUCACAGUGCCUCUCAUUUGCAGUCUUGUUUUGGUCCCAUUUAUGUCACAAAAAAUAGCUUUUCCUCGCCUGCAGAAACACAAUUCAAAACAAAUAUUUCCCUUCGUCUGGAGGUGCUGUCUACAGCAGUGCUCACAGUUAUGGUGCUAAUAGAUUUGUCAAUGUCAACGUCGUUGCUGUCUUUGUAUUUGUUGGUGAUGGUUUCUGCAAACAUGUUUUAUGGAAUGAAAAUAAUGAGCAUGUUAGUAAUCAGUAUGCCGCUCUGCUCUCGACACAGUGCGGCUGUGUUAGAUGAGUUGUCCUGUUGCCCCUCAGUGGGUGUCUGGGUGUCUAUGGGAGGCUGACUGGAUGAAGGACAUGUUCUCCUCUCAUCUGGGAACAGGUGGCCUCACAGGGUGACUUCACCACAUGAUCAAUGGCGUGAUCGCCACAAGUGACUGUGCGCUGUGAAAAACUCUGCAACUUUGAUUAAUCUUCGGAGAGGAUUACAAAGUGAGCCAGAGGAUUUUAAUUUUUACAUGAUAUUUUACACAUAGCAGACAGUCUUGACAGUCAGGCAGAUCGAUGCAUGCCGAGGAAACAUUUCUGUCAGUGUGACUGUCCAGUUUUGUGAUGGUGACUAAACCACCAGACCACCCUGUUGCCCCGACCAGCUGUCAUACUGAGACAAGGAGAAAUGAGUUACAAUGAUAAUAUUUGAGACAGUGCUUCAGUAUGAACAUCAGAAUGGCCCUUUACAGAUUCUUUAAAGAGUUUUUAUGCUGCACAGAGUUGAAAUGUCAUUUUUUUUUCUAAGCAUGCAUCACUACAGCUGUUAACAUUUUGACUUAAAAU